GCAAAUUUGACAUUUGUCUUUAGCAACACAAUUCACCAUUCUGUCUCCUUCAACACAAUUCUUUACUUUUUCACUCGUUAAUCCCAAGAAACUUUUUCCCGUUUCACCCAAAACCCAUGUUUAAACAACCUUAAAAAACAAGACAUGGCCACAGCAGCCUUCAAAUCCAGUUCAAGGAGAUCAAAUUCUGACAAGGCCCCACCAAAGAGAAGAACACAAAGAUCCUUAAGUGUGAGUGCUGUUUCAAGAAGAAGUGAAUCUGACAUUGAUUCUGAUUUCUUGAUUACAAGAGACAAUCCACUUUUUUUAUCCACCAAAGAUUCACCACCUGCUCUGUACAGUACUAAUGAUGUUGAUGAUGUUAAAGUUGAGACCUUGGAAUGUGAAAUUGAAUCUGGGUUGAAAUCUGGGUUGAAAAGUGAUGAUGGGUCUGGUUUGAAAUCGAAUGUUGGCGAGAGGGGUCGUUCGAUUAGUCGAAAUGUCGAUAAUCGGAGAAAGAAUGGUGUUGGUAGGAGUUUGUCUAGAGGGCCUUCUGUUUAUGGGGGAGCUUCUGAGAGUGAAGUGGAGCAAGAAUCUGCUACAUCAACUAAUUACGGAAGCAUGAAUAAUUCAAGAUCAGUAUUAAGUAACGUGAGAAGAUCUACUUCAGUAAGAAGAGGGGCCUUUGAGUAUGAAGUGGAAAGGGUGUCACCUAGACUAUCGAACUAUCAAAAGACAAGGAAUUCGAACUCGAACAUUGCAUUUAGUGACAGACAAAAGAAUAUCAGGAAUCAAGGCAGUGCACCACAAAGGACAAGCUUGCAAUCAGUUUCCGGUCGCCAUUCAGUUACCACAACUUCAGAUGAUUCUGUGACAAGUUUGCGAAAUCCAAGUUGGGACGAUGCAUUCUCGACAGGUUCCAUGUCGGAAGCAGAAGAGAAAACUAUCAAAGCUGUUUGUGAACAGAUGAAAGGCAGUCACAUGGGAAGUGCCACUCCUACAAGUGAUAUUUAUGAAACUGUUCGAUCUGAAGUUCAACGUGCCAUCUCUAGUAUCCAAGAUGACCUCGAAAAUUCGUUAAGAAGAAGAAGCAAUGCUACUGGAAUUGCAACUGCAGAUGUUACAAGUAUUGCUCCUGACUCAGUCAAACCUGGUGCUGUAGAAUUGGUCUUGGACAUCAGAAGGGAAUAUGCCACAAAACUUGAGGAGUCUCAAGAACGGGCUAGAAAACUUCGAUCAGAUCUUGCAGUUGAGGAACAUCGUGGUCAAGAAUUAAGUAGAAUACUGAAGGAGACACUUCCAGAACCGAAAGUAUCUAGUCUUCAAAGAUCUUACACAGGAAGAAGACAGAGUAGCAGUGAACGGAAAAGGAUGUCAAAACGUUUGACAGAAGAAGCCAUGUCAUAUUUUGAUGAAUGUGUAUCCAUAUCAACAUUUGAUAGUUCUGAUUUCUCAGCAGCGGAAGAUGCACCAGUGAACUCCUUUCGAGAUGCAAGGCUGGUGGGUUCCAGUUCAUCGUUACCUGAAGUAACUCCGUACAUUUCGGCAACUAAUGGCCCAAUCAAUUGUCUCAAUCAUAAAAAGGAAAUAGUUGGUGAUAGUCAGUUGUUGCAUAGUCCCAUGGAUUCUGUUUUGCCUGCUAAUGUCAGUCCUUUAGUAUCUGCAAUAGAUGGAGGAGAUAAGAAUGCAGAUUCUGGCAGAAAAACUCAGUUUUCGUUAGCUCGAGAACCAACAUUAACCACUGGUCUUCAACAAGAGAUCAAAAGUUACAUAAAAAGUUCUGUAGACCUCGACAAAGAUGAGACCAACUCAAAGAUUGCAAAAUCUGAUUGCUUCAGCAUAGAGGAUUAUGAUCUACAAGAGCAUGCAGAAGGCUUGUUGUUUGACCGAGUAUCAUAUAAGAACAGAAUAGAAUCGGGUAGUUUGCAUCUCUGUACUGCUGGUAUCGGUUUCUCAUUUUCACCAUUUGCUUCUGUUUUAUGAAAUUUCUUUGAAGUUUAUUUAUGUUGAUAAAAUGAAAUUUUGGAAAUGUAUGUACAAAGCCGGUAUACCUGACCGAAAUCAGUCAGUGGUGAUGAUAAAACAAGCUAAGGAAUAUGUGAAGAGAUAUCAUACGAGGGGUUUAUUAUUAGUACAUUUGACAUAUGCCAUAACACUAUAUAUUGUUAAUGUUCUUUUAUGGGUUUUUUUUGUUCUA